AUGUCUCUAUUUGGAUCGUUGAUGGCCGACGUGGAGGAUGAUCCGUUUUUUGGUUCCCACAUGCGCCACAUGCGUCAGAUGAACAAUAUGAUGAACUCGUUAUUUUCGGACCCUUUCGGGAUGCUGGGCGAAGGUCCGCUGGCUAUCAUGGGAGCUCGCCGCGGGAACGCGUUAAUGCCUUUCAUGCCACAGAUGCCUUCGCUAAACAGACUAUUCACAGCAGAUUUGUCUGACGGCCACAUGUCGAGCGGCAGUUCCUUUUCUAGCAGCACGGUAGUCAUGUCCAGUGGACUGAACGGCAGCCCUCAGGUGUUCAGUUCAACAAGCAGCACUAAAAUAGGACCCAACGGAGUGAAGGAGACUCGGAAGACACUCCAGGACUCACGCACCGGUGUCAAGAAAAUGUCCAUCGGUCAUCACAUCGGUCAGCGGGCUCACGUUGUAGAGAGGGAACAGAAUGUGUACUCUGGAGACGCUGAGGAGAGGCAGGAGUUCAUUAACCUCGAGGAGGAAGAGGCUGAGGAGUUUGACAGAGAGUUCCAGGAGCGAGCUGGUAUGAUGCGUAACAGGAACCACCGAGCUUUGACCCAGGUUCCUCACGGACACCCCCCGCCCCGCCUGGCGCUGCCCCCCGCACCCUCACACACACAUCCACACGCUAACCGGCGACCGCACGCGCGCCGCCCUCUCCGCGCCGGCGCCAGUCCGCUCGCUCUGCCCUCUUCGAACGUCCGCGAGGUUUACAGCGGCUCCCACCCGCGCAGACACAAGCACCAUAGACACAGGCACGAACAAGAAAACUAG